CAGCUGUUAAUCAGUUCACAAAGGGUGCCUUCUCCCCAUUGGCAGAGCUGCGCAUACAUCUCCUACUGCAUUCCUCAAGACGCAUUAAUUGAGCAGAUAAGUCUAUCCUUUUCCCACGCAGCCAGCAAGCAACGACAGAACGAUGGCAUGCACAUUGGGGCUGUUCGGACGAUGGUGAUGCCAACACCCGCCUAGUCAGUUCUUGGCUAUGGCGUGCCGGUCCUUCCCUGUCCUUCUCACCUGGCGACCUCUUUGGCAUGGCAGGGACGCCCUUGGCUCCUUCUGUUCCUGUCUCAGAUGUGGUGUGUCCGUCCUUCCUUUCUGCGUUCAACUGGUAUCGCUCCGUCUCUCCUAGUUUUAAUCGCCUUGUGUCUAUCGCCCCUUCUUUCACAUUAUGGAGGUUGUGACUUCCUCGCGAGACGACGUGAUGCCGGGCUCGCAAUUUCUCUUUCUGUUGCGGUUACGCUAUCGCUCCUUCCAUUUUGUUUUCAUAUAGCCUCGCACAUUGUUUACGAUGUUGCAACUACCAUCUCUCCCUCGCUCCUUCCUUCCUUCUCUGAACCACCCUCUCGUGCCCUUUGGCCCAUCAACAGCUCUCGCUCUUUCUAUCUCUCGAUUUUAACGGCCCUCGCUCGCACCUUCCCUUCCAUUCUCAACUUUACAACCACGCCAUCAUGCCUUUACCCCCCCCGCUCUUCCCAAACGUCCUCCCCAAACGUCCUCCCCAAACGUCCUCCCCAGAUAUCCUCUCUACAAUACAAUACCUCUCCAUCGUCAGUCAAGAAUCAGUCAAGCAUCUCUCAGUACCACUCGAUAAUAACUCAAUUACCAUUCAAUCAUCUCUCAAUCAUCACACAGUCUCUAUCCCGCAAAGACCAAACAACGAGCCAAGCCAACACAUACCCUCGCCAUGUGUCGCCUUGUAGUUACAAUCCACGCCUGCGGCUGCCCAGGGCCAAAACAGUCGCAAGCCCGCGACUGUACAAGCGCCCAGGCCAUGAAAACUUACCUCAAAUCACAGCCUGAACUGCGCUUCAGGCUGGCCAGGAUAUGCAUGCUUGAUAUGAAUAAGGGCAUCAUAACGCAGCGACUCGACAGAGUGUGCAAGGUCUGUAGUCAGGGAGUGGACCCGGGUGAUCUGAUACUUUGGCCGAAAAAUGGGGCGGGAGAGAAGGCGAGCGAGGAAAAGGGGCCGAGUGACCUGGGGAAGUUGGGGGAGGAGACAAGGUUGAUAGAGGAAGAGAGCAUGGUUGAGGGGCAGCAGGUGAGCGAGGAGCCGAUGAGGGCCCAGGAGGUGAGGUUGGCCCAGGAGGCGAGUGGGGAUGGGAGGGGGGCCGAGGGUUCAGGUGGGAGGAGUCCGACAGACGAUGAUGAGUGGUCAAUUUCUUUGAGUGACUUGGAAGCUACAAAUUUGCCAAGAACGACCGAGGAGAGAAUUUUGUCUGAGGACUGGUCGAUGACUUCAGAUGGGUUAGCGGAGGCAAAAGGGGAGCUGGCGGAGGAGGAGAGAAGGUUUUCUGAGGACUGGUCAUUGACUCCGGAUGGGAUGGUCGAGGCAGAAGAGGAGCUGGCGGAGGAGGAGAGAAAGUUUUCUGAGGACUGGUCAUUGACUCCGGACGGGAUGGUGGAGGCAGAAGAGGAGCUAGCGAAUACGGAGAGAAGUUGGUCUAUAGACUGGUCGGUGAGUUCGACUGAGCUAGCGGAGGCAAAAAAGGAGGAAGAAGAAAGGAUGGCAGAGGAGGAUAGGGAGAUCGCCGGGGAAGAGAGGAUGAUAUUGGCGAUGGCAGAUGAUCGCUACAAUAUCACGGGAACAGCAAUGGACGCAAGGUUCCCCUUAUGGCUCAACCUCGGCCCCCGAGACAAGAAAGCCGUAGAGGCUCCGGCUGAUGGCGGUGCUGCGGGGGUACCUGUCGCUGCUCCAAGUGGAAAUGAUAAACCUUUACCGAUGGCCGGAGUUCUGGAAGCUGACAGGCGGGGAGCAAUGGAUACAGGAACUGUUACCAUUCCCACGAAACUUGUUCCGCGAACUGAUUAUUAUAAGGUUCUAUCAGGAAUGGAGGAUGUUGCUUUCAUCGAAGAGGUGGCGGACGCUUGUACGGAAGAGGUUGAGCAAUGGACGGAAGGCGGCAAGAUUUAUCUAGCCGUGAAGGCUGCUAUGGGAGAUGAGUGUGUAGGAACUUACCAGUUUGUUGCUGGCCAGGUGGGAAUUAUCAUUACGAAUUUUAUCAUAUGCGUUAUUGCGGCGGCGUUGCGUCCACUUCAAAAGGAGCAAAAGAAAAUCAAGGAGGAAAAGAAGCUUGCACGUGCACAAGCUUGGAUAAACGAAUCUGGGGCCGCUUUGGCAACUGUGUGGCCAGGGGAUGUUUUGGGACCAACUGUGUGGCUAGAAGAGGCUUGGGCACUAACUGGUGGUGGUUUACAGGUUGAUGAUUUUGGGGGGUUAAAUGAUGCCCAGACUCCACUACCGUCAACACUUGGCAUCAAUGCCUCACCGACAUCCGGCAGAGGGAGAGGGGCCGGGCGAGCAAAGGGAAGCGCGAGAGCAAGGGGUGGCGGGAGAGCCAGGUGGGGUGGGAGAGCAAGGGGGAGCGGAAGGGCGGGAGGAAACACUGGAAGUCGUCCGCCAAUAACUGAUAGUGCUGCUGGAGUUGCUACUGCUCCUAUACUGCCAACAGUCAGUAAACUUCUUGGGCCGGAAGCAUCAGGCAACGUACGGAGUACGAGGAGGAGAGGGAGGCCGAGAGGGAGUAGGGGGAGGGGUAGAGGUAGGGGGAGAGGUGGUGGGACUGCCGAGACUUCGACACUACCACGACCAGUCGAUCAAUCUCUCAUGCACUAUGGCCCCCAACUAGGCAAGAGAAAUAGGUCAAUUACCCCUAAGACUAUGGUGGGUUAUUUGCAAACAACUGAGGGUGCCGCUGGGGGGGUUGCUGGGGCUCCUAUAUUACCACCAAUAAUCGAUAAAUCUCUCAUGUCUGAUGGCUCCGAACUUGGCAAGGGGAACAGGCUAAUCACCCCUAAGGCUAUGGGGAGUUCAACAGGUGCCGUUGGGGGGGUUGCUGAAGCCCCUAUAUUACCACCAGUACUUGAUAAAUCUCAAGUGUACGAUGGCUCCCAACUCGGUAUAAAAAACAGGCAAAGUGCCCCUGGGGCUAUGGGGAGUCACUUGCAAACAACUGAGGGUGUAGCUAUGGGGUUCCCCGAAACUCUUAUCCUACCACCAACACUUGAUAAAUCUCGCAUGUACGAUGGCUCCCAACUCGGUAUAAAAAACAGGCAAAGUGCCACUGAGGGUGUCGUUGGGGGUUCCGCCGAGACUCGUACACUACCAGAGACAGUUGACAAAUCUGGCAUACCAGAUGCCUCCCAACUAGGCAAGAGGAAAAGGGAAAGUGACUCUAAGACUGUCGGGGGUAAUUUGCGAAAAACUGAGGGUGCCGCUGAGGGUCCUGCCGAGCCUCGUAUACUACCACCGACACUUGAUAAACCUCUGAUGUCAGAUGCUGCCCCCCAACUAGGCAAGAGGAACAGGGAAGAUGCCUCUGAGACUAUCGGGACUCACCUCCAAACAAUUGAGGGUGCCACUGAGGGUGCUGCCGAGGGUUCAAAGGACGCCGAAACCCCUCUACAAUCAUCAUUUGGCACAGAUUUCCGGUCGGAUGCCUCACAGGUAUCCACGAGGGGGGGGGGAAGGGGGAGGGGAAGAGGGAGGGGGAGAAAACGCGCGAGAGCAAAUUAG